CAACAAUAAUAAUAAUAAUUUCUUUUUUUGGCUUUAGAAUUUUUUGUUAAUUCUCAAGAAUAUGAAAAUAAAAAUCGAUCAAUAAUAAUUUCAAUUAAUAAUAAAAUUAAUUCAACAUUUUUUAUUAUUUCAAAAUUAGAUGAAUAUUUAAAUAUAAAUCAAUCAUCAAAUAAAUUAAAUAGUCAUAUUAUUAAUUUAAAUAUUAAACAAAAAAAUCUAGAAAAUAUUCAAAUUAUAUUUCGACAUUUGAAUCCAUUGAAUAAUUCUAAUCAAAUAUCAACUUGUGUUUAUUUGAAAAACAUUAAAAAAAAUGAUAUUCAAUGGAGUACAGAUGGAUGUUAUUUAUUAUCAUCGAAUUUAACUCAUUCAAUAUGUUCAUGUAAUCAUUUAUCAACAUUUGCUGUUCUAAUGAAUGCUCAAAAUAUAUUUGAAAAGUCAAUAACAAAUAUACAUAUAAAUCGAUUAUCAUUGAUAUCAAAAAUUGGAUGUGUAAUAUCGAUUAUCUGUUUAUUAUUGACGAUAAUUAUAUUGAUGAUGAGACGUCGUUUGGAUAUUGAUAAUGAUUUAAUGAUUGUUCGUAAUAUUCUUCAUAUAAAUAUGUCAAUUUGUUUAUUAAUUGCUCAAUUAUUAUAUCUAUUUGGUAUUAAUCAAAUUAAAUAUAAAUCUGGUUGUCGAACAAUAACUAUAUUACUUCAUUAUUUUCUUCUUGCAACAUUUUCAUGGAUGUUUGUUGAUGGAAUUGAAUUAAUAAUUGCAUUAAAACAUGUUUUAAAAAUUGAUCAUAUUAGAAUAUUAGCUUAUUCAUUAUAUGCAUAUGGAUUUCCAUUACUUAUUGUUAUUCUUGCUAUUGGACUUUCAACUCACGAACAUUAUUCGAAUAAACAGUAUGUAUUAAAAUUGAAUAUUUUUUGUGAAAUCGGAGAUUAGAGCAGAUAUUUUAUUUUGAAUUAAAAUCUUAAUGAUAAUUAGUAAUUAAUCAGAUAGAAACAUUUUUCUAUGAUUAUGUGAGUUAUCCAGGAAUGUAUUGAGUGAGAGGGGGGGGUAACAUCUCUGCCUCAAUCUUGAAGAAUUUUCGUUUUUUUUUCAAGCGAUCAUUAUCGAGUUCUUUGCUCCUUUCAGUAUUGUGUAUUGUUGAUUUUACAUUAAAAGUAAGUUAAUCUAAGAUGGAACUAAUUGAAAAUUCUAUAUGAUAACGUACAAUCGUAAAAUUGUUUGUUUUUCUUCUAUAUAAAACGCCUUCAUUCUAUUCAAAACUUCAGAACAUUUAUUUUUAUUAUUAUAUAAAAAUUACUGACAAAAAUUCAUUAGAUUAAUCAUAACAUUAUAGUAAUAUUUCUCAUUCAAUAACAAAUAAGAUACUGGUUUGUUUCUUUUUUUUUUGUUUAUUGAGCAAUACUAAUUACCAUGUGGAAUCUUUCAAAGGUUACUAAAAGAUUAAUUUAUGUCCUUGUUCUUGAGUGAUUAUGCAAGGAAGGAAGGAAAGUAUUUCUCAAAUGGUAGAACUAUAUUUGUAAUUAGUAUCAAUAAUAAAAUUUUUUGUUACAUAUCUAUUGCUAAUAUAUUCGACAUUGAAACUAGAGUACUGCAACCCAGCCGGGUAUCCGAAACCGAACUGAACCGGA